AGGGGAGGGGAGGAGGAGGAGCUCCGGAGCGAGAGAGGCCUGCCUGACAAAAGCUCAGUGCGCAGAAGGCUGGUGACCAGGAAGAAGAACCGCGCUUGGGGCUGAGGGAGGAGACGCGCUCUGUGUAUAUACCUGGACGCCGCCGACGCCGCUUCCCCUGCCCGUUCCCCCGCCGGAGGGCUAAGCAAGCCCCUUGCCGAGGCCCUGAUGGCGGCCGAGGGCUAAGACCGCUCUCCCUUCCCUUCCCAACCCCGCUGCCAUUUCUCCGCCGGAGUGCGGCGAGGAAGAGGGGGAGGCGGGCGGGCAGGCAGGCAGCGGGUCCCUGGGGCGAGCCGACUCGGGGCUAAGCUGCUUAUGCAGGCUGGCAGGCUGGCAUGAGCUUCCUGAGCUGGGCUCCUGCUGCUGCUGCUGAGGGGAGGCCGGAGGAAAGCCGUCGCCCGGAGCUGCCAUUGUGUCUCUGAGGAGGAGGAGGAGGAGAAGACCCCCCCCACUUCCCUUUGGGGAAGAUGGGGAAUUGCCUGAAAUCCCCCACCUCGGAUGACAUCUCCCUGCUGCACGAGUCCCAGUCGGACAGGGCCAGCUAUGGGGAUGGGACUGAGCCGGAUCAGGAGCCGCCGCCGCCAUAUCAGGAACAGGUUCCAGUUCCAGUUUACCAUCCAACUCCCAGCCAGACCCGCCUAGCAACCCAGCUUACCGAAGAGGAACAAAUUAGGAUAGCACAGCGAAUAGGCCUUAUACAGCACCUGCCGAAAGGAGUCUAUGAUCCAGGAAGAGAUGGUUCUGAGAAAAAGAUCAGAGAAUGUGUGAUCUGUAUGAUGGACUUUGUUUACGGGGACCCUAUCAGAUUCCUGCCAUGCAUGCAUAUUUACCACCUGGACUGUAUAGAUGACUGGUUGAUGAGAUCUUUCACGUGUCCUUCCUGCAUGGAGCCAGUUGAUGCAGCACUGUUGUCCUCCUACGAGACUAACUGAGCCAGAGCUUCUCUUCUGACCUGUCAAGGAAACCAUCCACUUUAAAAGGGUUUGAUCCUUUGCCAUCUGCCCAAAGAACCAAGGAUUAGGAAACGAAAUCAUGCACAAUAAAAUCUCAUUUCUUAAGAAUAAAGAAAUAUCCUGAAUAGCAGACAGAGGGAGGGAGGGAGGGAGGGAGGGAGGGAAGGAAGAAGAAACACAUUUAUAGACUAUAGAAAAAGUAGGAAAUUAUUUUUAUGUAAAGCCUUGAUCCAGUGCUUACAAAUAGUUGCUCCUUAAGAAAGCCUGUUAGCACACCCAUACAGAAGAACUGUGUGGAU